UAAAAACGUUUAAAACUAGUGCUCUCUCAUAUCAGUAAGACGUAAAAAUGUUGUAAUUUGAACAGGCUUCAUUUCAGACAAUAACAGGUAACUGACGUCUUAACUGUACGUUAAUAAUAAAUUAUCUUUUGUCCUCUGUAAGAUGAACGGACUUGCACCAUCUGGAAGAAUGAGAUUCAUUGCAGUUGCUGUCAUACUUUGUGCUGGAUUUUUCUGGCCAACAGCCUUUGCCCAUCCUCGGAAUGGGAGAAUGGACAAAACUCAUCCUGACCCAGCAUUGGCCACAGACAUUUUGCAGUGUGGAAAAAUGUACAACAAACUUAAGCUUUUGGACUCUGCAUGGAUUAUGGCCCAACACUGGCAUGAGGUGCAAUACAUCCUGGCACUUUAAUGCCAGUUUGAUUGAAGACUUAAUACCAGAGAUGAAAAAAUAUUGGCCAGAUCUGGGAGCACCUUCCUCCCCCCAAUUUUGGAAAUAUGAAUGGACAAAACAUGGAACCUGUGCUGCAAAAGCAGAGUCUCUGAACAGUCAACAUAAAUACUUCAGCAAAGCUCUUGAGCUGUACCACAAGUUUAACCUUACUAAUGUUUUAAAGAACAACAGAAUCGUGCCCUCUGAGCAGCACUACACACUGGAUGAGGUGGAGACAGCCAUUACUAGCUUCUACAAUGUGAAGACAAAGAUUCAGUGCGUCCAUCCAGGAAAGUUUGCACUCUACCUUGUUUUAAAGAACAACAGAAUCGUGCCCUCUGAGCAGCACUACACACUGGAUGAGGUGGAGACAGCCAUUACUAGCUUCUACAAUGUGAAGACAAAGAUUCAGUGCGUCCAUCCAGGAAAGGGAGGCCAGGUUCAGAUUUUGGGCCAAAUAGAGAUCUGCGUUGACAGGGAUUUCCAGCUGAUCGACUGCGAAAAGUCAACCGAAGAAAUCUGGAGCAAUGACAUCCCCGCAGUGGCUGUCAGUGGCCAGUGAGAGCUCAGCAUGUGUGAUCACUCCAUGCCGGUCUAUUACCCCCAGUGCCCAGCAGAUCAUAGAGGUGGGCAACCCCAGACCUCGUGUGCGAGUGUGGAAUCACUGAGCAUAACAAGACGAGAAUUCAUUCUGUCGAGUUUUUGAAACGCUGAAAAUCUUUCCUGUUUACACUAUCUUUUCAAAUAAUCGCACAUUAAAUUCCUUUGUUGUUUUAAAUGAUGAUGCUGGAACAAUCUAGUGAAGAUUUAAGGGCGUCACAGACUGCUGUAUUCUAUGGUUACUGGGUUCAUUUUUUAUUAAUCUUGUAGGUUUUACAGUCUUAUCUUACUGAGCCAUACUGCUGUAUUUGUUUCCUUUAUUUUUCGUCCUUGGGUGAAUUUCACAAAAACAUGUCCAGAUC